GGGGACUCUUGGGGCUAACUGCUUUGGCCUUGCCAGGUUUUCGGUAGGAAGUGUUUGAGAGUCCGGAACAGUCUUAUCCGUUUGCUCAAUGUUUCCCUCUUUGACGACUUGGGUACGUCGCGUUAUGCGACGGUGGUUAGUUAUUGUUGAGUUAGCCGAAUCCUUGGUAGCAGAGUUCGGCGGACUUGUAACACUAGUCACUCGAUUGGUACCUUUUGAGAUUGGCUUAGAUAUUGCCUGCCCCUUCUUCGAACGACUUUUCGUGGUUAGUGCUGGUUUUGAUACCUUGGAGAUCGACAAAGGUCUCUGUGUGCCAUUCUUGAUCACAGCUCGUGGUUUAGUGGUAGCUUCGACACGAUCUUUCUUUUUCGGAGCUCCCCUCUUUCCUCUCCGUUGAGGUUUCCUUUCCACAUAGGAACUAUCUGAUUCUUGCCCAUCAUUUUCAGCCGUUUCAAAGUCCUCAUCGUCUAGGUC